CCUGGGAGAACCCUUGAAAGGCAGCACUAGAGAGUGGCAAACACAGUGGCUCUGGAAUUGUUUUCUUCUGGUUUUCAGACUGGCUGGGCAUGGUGGUGAGCAUACUGCUGAAACCCCUGGGCCAGGGUUUUCCUGGGUGCUGGCAAAAUGGAAACCAACUUCUCCAGCCCUGUGAAUGGACCUGAAGAGAUGCACAAUGAGUCUACUGGCUACACUGCUAUAGAGAUCUACUUAUUAGUGGCAUUUGGAAUCAUCUUUGUGCUUGGCACGCUGGGCAAUGGGCUUGUGCUCUGGGUGACUGGAUUCCAGAUGGCACGCACUGUCACAACCUUGUGUUACCUGAACCUGGCCUUAGCUGACUUCUCUGUCAUUGCCUCUCUGCCAUUCCAAAUGGUCUCAAUUGCCAUGAGACAAUGGCCUUUUGGCUGGUUCCUAUGCAAGAUUAUUUCUACAAUGGUGGAUAUGAACCUGUUUGGAAGUAGUUUCCUUAUUGCUUUCAUUGCUCUGGACCGCUGUAUUUGCAUCCUGCAUCCAGUCUGGGCCCAGAACUACCGCACUGUAAAUAAGGCUAGAAUAGUGAUCAUUGUACCCUGGAUUCUUGCAUUAGUCCUUACCUUGCCAACUUUAAUCUUCACAACUACAGAUAGAGUAAAAGAAAAUACAUACUGUGUUUUCAACACUGACUUCUGGGGCGACAUCGAUGAAAUGAGAUUGAUGGAGAUUAUCUUCAUCACAUUUGCAACUAUGGGGACCACCCAGUUUGUCAUUGGCUUCAUUAUGCCGAUGUCCAUAAUUGCUAUCUGCUAUGGGCUCAUAGCUGCCAAGAUCCGCAAAAAAGUCAUGAUAAAUUCCAGCCGUCCCUUACGGGUCCUCACUGCUGUCAUGGUUUCUUUCUUUCUUUGUUGGUUCCCCUUUCAACUGAUUCUUUUUCUGUAUAGAAUCUGGAUCAAAGAGAUAGCACUUGAAGAUAAGCACAGCAUCAUGAUUCCGUUGAGGUUCCUGACGAUCCCACUGGCAUUCUUCAACAGUUGCCUCAACCCAAUUCUCUAUGUCUUUCUGGGCCAAGACUUCCGAAGGAGACUGAUCCACUCCCUGCCUGCCAGUCUGGAAAGGGCUCUGAUGGAGGAAUCAGCUGAGACUAUUGACAUAACCAAAUCUGCUUCACCUCCCACAGAGGCUGAGCUACAGGAAAUGUCAGGGGCUGGAGGACAUUAUUGAGCUCUGUCUGCUCCUACCAUGCUCCCAGUUCUAGCUUCAUCUUUCCUUGGGUCAUACUGAACCACUCAUCUUGAAAAAUAGUUUGGUGCCCCCUGAUUUGGGGGAUGAAAUGAACAUAGGGCACUAUUGGCAUCAAUUUUGGUUUGAGGACCUCAGCCUAUACCUUGGGGAGAAUAGAGGUGGGAAGAGAACAAGGGAAGAGAAGAGACAGAGGAUGGGGAAUUUAGAUGAGAGAGUAUAUUAAAGAGAAAACUUUGGUAUUUCACCAUAAAGUGUUUGCUGUAUGGGUUUUCUUAACUAUUUUGUUUUAUCUGACCUCAUAACUUUUCUAUCCCUAGUUUAGCAGUGGUUUUGUUUAAAUCAUGAAUGGCAGUUGAAUUGUAUCAAAUGCAUUUUCUGCAUAUAUUUAGAUGAUCAUAUUGUAUUUAUCUUUUCAUGCACAUCAUCAUAAAUUAUAUUUUGAAUGCUAAACCACCCUUGUAAUCCUAGAAUUAACCACAUUUGGCCAUGCUGUAUUUUAUACAUUUAUAAUUAAUCUUACUAGAUUGGUUAGAAUUUCUGCAUUUAUGGUAAUGUAAAGAUGGAUCUGUUCUUUUAAUUUCCUCCCAUGUUCUUGUCAGGUUGUACAUCAAAGUUAUAAUGGCCUCCUAAAAAGACCUGGGAGGUGAUUCCUCUGAGUCUAUUCUCUGGUGUCAGGUCUUUUAUAAAUGUUUGAGAAGUUUACCAGUAAAGCUAGUUGGGUCUUUGGUUUUCUUUACAGGAAAGGUUUUAAUAACAGGUUCAAUUUAUUUAUAGUUAUUGACCUAGUCAGAUUUUCUAUUUUCUCUUCUGUUAGUUUUAGUAAACUGUAACUAUCAAGGAAUUUAGCCAUUUCAUCCCAACUGUCAAAUUUAUUGGCAUGAAACAGUAUGAUAACCAUGUACUUGGUAUGGUUUCCUUCAGGUAAUGAAAGUGGAAGCUAUCUGAGAGCUGGGAUUUGGGCCUGUACUGAUCACUAAUGGAUCCUAAUACUCUAUGUGUAAAAGAAUGCCUGACGUGUGACAGGCACUCAAUAAGUAAUUACUGAAUUAAUGAAUCA